AAUAUAUAUUAAACCAUAAUUGCUUCCCCCUCCAAAGAUAAAAACAGAGAAAAAAAUAUAAUACUUCUCGUUUCAGUGAAUACUGACUGAAAGCCAACCAGAAAUACUAAACAAAAAGAAGAAGUACAGCUACCAUUUUAUCAGGCAAGGCAUAGAGUACUCGCCACUUUGAUUACCUGCCAAUCAAACAGACACCACCCUAAGCAACCUCUCAGUCUUCCAUGGCUCAGAUCAGUCCAUAGAGCAGUGCAACAAUGGAACAAGCACGGUACUGGAUGUGGGCGAAGCGCAAACACAACGGCUUGAGUUCAUCUAAUCACGAUCAUCAUCUUCAAGUGCCAAUUUCAAACGAUGAUUCAUGGGAAGAACAAGCUUUCGCCGAAGAUGCGGCAGGGCCUCUCGGAGGCUGCAUAUGGCCUCCGCGAUCUUAUUCUUGCAGUUUCUGUAGGAGAGAAUUCCGUUCAGCUCAAGCUCUUGGUGGCCACAUGAAUGUUCACAGGAGAGACAGGGCUAUACUAAAGCAGUCUCCAAAUGACGAAACUGCCCGUCACAACCACCUUCAUCAUCAUCAGGAUCAUGAUCAUUCUCUCCAAAAUAGUGCUAAUAAUCCCUUUUCAUCAUCUUUGGGUAGUUUUCAAUUCUCAUCUCAUCAAGUUUGUGCCCAGGUUUACAACCCUAAAAGCCCUAUUGCAACAUCAUCACCGUCCUCAGUUUCUAGGGUUUCAGCUCAGUUACCAUGCAAAAAAAAUUGUGCUGAACAAACCCUGAUCCCACCUUCUUCUUCUGCGUCUUCUCCUCAAUCUUGGUCUGUCAUGGGCAUAAACAGAUAUUAUAAAAAAAGAUCUGCCGAGAGAGAUCAUAUCAAAGGAGACAAGAUUUCGAGAAAGGUGGAAUCUAGUUCAUGUAGGGAAAAGGGUGAUCACCAUGUCGCAAAUAGUGAUCUUAAUUUAUCUGUGAGUUUGAAUUUGGUUGUCCGCUGUGAGCAUACUUCUGCCUCCGAUGACGGCGAUGAAGCUAUAGUUAGCAGCAAGAGGAGAAAAACGGAUGACGUCCCAUCAUCGAUACCCUUCUUCCUAAAAUCAGGAUCUGUUGAUAAAGUGCAUCAUGUCCAAUCAGCUGAAGGGUUUGAAAUUAGCUCCAGCUCCAUAGAAGACUUAGAUCUUGAGCUCAGGCUUGGUGACCGACCUAAGGUAAUUAAAGUUCAUAAGUAGCAGAGAGACGCAUCAUCAACUGCUGAUCGUAUAAACGUAUACUUAAUUGCUUGACCUUGUGCUGGUCAUUUCUGUUUGAUGAAAUCCUCCUCAAUGUGCACCUUUUUUUUCGCCUUUCCUCUUUGAGGCCAAGGCCUCUGUCUUUUUUUAAUUUGAUUUCUUGGAGUGCUGUAUGAAUUUGUUUAGGGUGUAACAACAACCAUAUGUGAGUUAAAGGAAAGGAAGAAAUUAAUUACAAUUCGUCUUUGUUGGUAA